AUGACCAGCGAGAGCGAGAGUGAAGGGGAACGCUACUUCCAGAGCAGAGCACACUUCCGCGAAGAGCACGGUUCUAUUAAGAAAAUGGACGUAAUGGAGGAGUACGACAAAAACCCUGACGAGACUCUGCGCGCCCUAUCCAGCGCCUCUGUAGAUAUGGGCAUAUACAACAUUCCGUGUGCGUACGAUCUGCAGGGGUAUCCAAGCGCAAGCCACUACAACAAAAUUGUGUCUGUGUAUGGGACCGUGAUGAAGCUGGGCCUUUCCAAGUUCAAGGUGGCAGGAGGCGCAAAGACGGACUACCAAGAGAUAAAAAUACAGGAAAGGAGCACGGUGUAUCUUCCGCGCACAAUAAACGUGCAGCUGUUUGGCGCGCUGAUAGGGGCAUGCAAGCCCGGCGAAGUUGUCCGGGUGACGGGCUGUGUGGAGGUUCUAUGGAGAAAGGCCAAGCUGGGGCAGCCUGUGAACUGCGAGUACUCCAUACGCGCGCUGGAAAUAAGCCAGCAGAAGCCUCGCAACAAGGGAAAGCAGCUGGAGCUGCCCGAGAGCGAGUACGACCUGCUUAUGAAGGUGGUGGACGCAUAUGCGCCGUCCUUGGCCGGGCUUAGGCAAAGCAAGCUUGCAAUGGUGCUGUGCACGCUGGGCGGGCAGGGGUGUGCAAAGGACACGGAGCGGGAAGAGGGCAGCAUAACAACCGAGCAGAUGUACCAGGACUCGCAGAGCAGAAACCGCACGUCUUCGCACAUUCUUCUCGUGGGGAGGACCGGGACGGGAAAGAGCACUCUGCUUGCAUUUGCAGCAAAGACGGUUUCCCCGGCCAUCUGCACCACAGGAAACUCGUGCACGUCUGCCGGGCUCACCGCGUGCGCGACCCGCGAAAACAAUGACUGGAUGAUCGAGCCAGGGGCAAUUCCGCAGGCAGACAAAGGCCUGUGCUGCAUAGACGAGUUCAACGCGCUGCGCAAGGAGGAAAAGUCUUCAAUCCUUGAGGCCAUGGAGCAGCAAACAAUAACAAUUGCAAAGGCUGGGAUCCUGCUGAAGCUGGACACGCGGUGCACAGUGGUGGGCGCUGCCCGGCAUUGCACCGAGCCAGAAGGAGCGCUGCAGUCUCUAAAGCUGAGCGCGCCCUUGCUUAGCAGGUUUGACCUCAUAGUUGGACUAGACGACGCGCUGGCCACCGACCGCGAGAUUGCAGAAAAAAACAUAGAGAAAAAAGGAGAGGAAAGAUGCGCCAUGUUUAUACGCGAUCUUUUGGAAGAAAGGAAGAAAAUUCGGGUGAAGCUCACAGGUGCGUGCAAGGAGGUGAUUGAGGCAUACUACAGCCGGCAAAAGGAGGAAAACAACGUGAGCAUACGGGCCCUGGAAAGCCAUAUGCGGCUGUGCGAGGCAUAUGCCAAGCUUUUGGGGCGCUGCGAGGCCGGGAGGCGAGACGGCCUGAUGACGGCGCUUCUCCUCAACUCCUGCCUGCACACAAAGAAGCUGUGGAGCUAUACGCUGGACGGGGUUAUAGGCUCCAGAGCUCUCUUAGAAUCUGCGCUGGACUACAUAGGAAGCGACCUGCUUGGAGAGUCUGCUUGUGAAGUGUAA